GGGAACUCGGAGAGAAUGACUCACACCUGAGGCAGGCAGGUUACAGCUGUGUCCACAGGUGUGCUCCUCGGUGUGCCAAGUUGUAAGAGCAACUGAAGAGGCAGGAGGCAGCUGCGUGGGCCCCGAACUCCCCAGGGCAAGGGUUGCAAGGCAUGCCGCUGACUGUGGAUGUGGUGGGGCCGGCACCUUGGGGCUUCCGCAUUAGCGGAGGCAGAGAUUUCCACACACCCAUCAUUGUGACCAAGGUAACAGAGCGGGGCAAGGCUGAGGCAGCUGAUCUCCGGCCUGGCGACAUCAUUGUGGCCAUCAAUGGAGAGAGUGCAGAGAGCAUGCUGCAUGCUGAGGCUCAGAGCAAGAUCCGCCAGAGUGCCUCACCCCUGCGACUGCAGCUGGACCGGUCCCAACCUGCCUCUCCUGGGCAGACCAAUGGAGAGGGCUCCUUGGAAGUGGUGGCAGCUAGAUUCCAGGGCUCCCUGAGGACACACCAUGCCAGCCAGUCCUCGAAGGCCCCUGGCUAUUUCAGCCAGACCUCCCUCAGUCCCAGGCCAGGCAGCCCUUUCUCUACACCACGCCCCACCAGUCCAUUUGCUGUUUCUGGAGAGGAUGCGACUGGCUGUAGUUUCCAGAGUUUGACACAUUCACCAGGCCCUGAUGCUCCUCACCACUUGCCCUACCCGGGCCACCCCACCAGCCAACAGGUGAGGCUUCUUGAGGGAAGGAGAUGGCGCCCAUGCUACCGGCUGCCAUUGGCGCCUCUGGCACUAACAGCAGCUGGCAAUACCCGAACAGCCUGUGGGAGCAUUCCCCUGUGGCAGACCGGCCACAGAAGCCCAAGCAACUCAGCAGUGAGGGUGCCGCUACAUUCCCCAGGACCUCGGUCCUCCAGCCCCAGGUUCAGCAGCUUGGACCUGGAAGAGGACUCAGAAGUGUUCAAGAUGCUGCAGGAGAACCGCCAGAGAAGAGCUGCCCCGAGGCAGUCCAGCUCCUUUCGGCUCUUGCAGGAAGCCCUGGAGGCUGAGGAGAGAGGUGGCACACCUGCCUUUGUGCCCAGCUCGCUGAGUCCCCAGGCCUCCUUGGGCUCAGCCACCCCACCCAAGCUCCACACCUGUGAGAAGUGCAGUGCCAACAUCUCGAACCAGGCUGUCCGCAUCCAGGAGGGGAGGUACCGACACCCUGGCUGCUACACCUGUGCAGACUGUGGGCUGAACCUGAAGAUGCGGGGCCACUUCUGGGUGGGCAAUGAGCUGUACUGUGAGAAGCACGCCCGCCAGCGCUACUCCGUGCCUGGCACUCUCAGUUCCCGGGCCUGAGCCUCUGGGCACUCAGCCUGUCCGCUCUCAGCCUCUGCAGACAUGACCAGACUGAGAGCAAGCAUGGCAGGGGGUGAUGGCAGGUGACGGCUUAUACGAACUAAGGGUGGGGAGGUCCCUCUGUCCUCACUGGGAGAAGCCAAGGGUUGGUUGGGACUAGUCUCAGACUGCAAGUGCUGGGGACAGUUCCACUCUCUCUGGCCUUUCUCCUGCAGGCCAGGUACUGCACUGCGGUCUGAAGUGGCCACUCUGUUUGACAGGUUUGCGUACAGGGUUGGGCACAGAUAGAAGUAUCUGGAAGGGCAAGGUGGGCCUGAGGUUAAUGAUACUCACGGUGUAAAGUUUUGACAUAUGAACUCUAUAUACGUGUGGAUAAAAUGAA